AUGAUAGGGGCAAGUGCCUCACCAGCGCAAAUAGCAGCUCUUGCAAACUCGACACCAUCAGGAACAAUUCCGAACGCGGGAUGGUGUAUUUUUGUAUAUAAUCUUGCGCCGGAAGCGGAAGAUUCGUUACUCUGGCAGAUGUUCGGACCGUUUGGUGCAGUUUUAAGUGUUAAAACUAUCAAAGAUUUUUCAACCGGAAAAUGUAAAGGGUACGGUUUUGUAACGAUGGGCCAGUAUGAAGAUGCAGUGACAGCAAUUACGGCACUCAAUGGUACACAGAUGGGCAAUCGUACUCUUCAGGUCAGUACCAAUUUUCUGAAAUUUAUAGAUUUAUUAUUUGAGUGCAAAAGAUGCACUUCCAUUGAAAAUGUUUUUUUUUUCUCGUUGAGCUGCUACUUCUAG